AUGAGGGACAUUGAGGUUAUCGAGGGAGCCGAGUGGCUUCGGUUCAUGAUGUGUUUCGUCGGGACUCCCAAGGAAACCGAGAAGAAGGAGCAGGUUCCGAACUACCGGAGGCAGGACAGCUGGUCACACUCGCGAGCCUUGCUCCCUGCCGCGCUAGCCUUUGUAUUCCCAGCCAUGGCCUUGCCAAUGAAGACCGCGAUGAAGAAGGUCAUGAAGGCCAACCCAAUGAAGGCCAAGGCGGCGAUGAAGGGAAUGAAGGCCUGCAAGCUGAGGGGCGUGAUGAAGAAGAAGGCCAUCAGCAAGAUCGCUCGUGGCAAGCGCGCAAAGAUGGUUGUCUUCAAUGGGCGCAAGGAGAAGACCUCGUCGGGCCUCAAGAAGACGCAUCUCAUGAAGAACAAGCGCGGCAAGGUCGUUACGAAGAAGCAGCACGCUGUGGGCGUGGCGCUCUUCAAGAAGAUCGGCCAGCGCUGGCUCGACGCAGUCGCGACGGCAAGGAAGGAGCUGGGGAUCAAGGGCUUUUGCGCUGUUGGUGGAAAGAGCGCUCAGGGCAAGGCGCUUUAUGCCAAGGCCAAAGCGCUUUACGCAGCUUGA